CACUCUCACUUUCGCGCAAAAAAUCAAGCAGAUCCCAUGUUGCCAAUUAUUUCCCGGGAAAUUUAACAGCCUGAUACCAAACGGUCUUACAUAUUUCUACCGUACACCCGCCAGCACCCAAACCCAAUCCCACCCAUCUUCUUCAACCUGACCCCUUUGUUUUUCUCUCUGUAGGGUUUCUGUGUUGUACAUUGUCAUAAUUUCCUAUGGAUGAUUCCACGAUUUCACCAUUGACAGUCCAACCAGUUCCUUCGUCCCAGCUGAAUGUUCCUGCCAUCAUGCAACGCCCCUCUUUGAAUCUCGACACCGUAACUCCAUCUGACCACGUGAGCCGCUUGAUCAACUCCAACCACUAUAAAUCGCCGUCAAGGACGAUUUAUUCCGAUAGGUUUAUUCCCAGCAGAUCCAAUUCCAAUUUUGCCCUAUUCAACAUCUCUUCCUCUUCGCCUCCGUUGCCGACAAAUCCUCCGGCAUCUGAAGGAGGAAAGGAGGACAGCUCCAGUGCCUAUGCGGCACUGCUCCGCUCUGCUCUUUUCGGGCCGCACACGCCGGAUAAAAGGGACUCGCCAGGUCGCAAUAUUUUCCGGUUCAAGACGGAAACGAGACAGUCGAUGCACUCGCUUUCUCCUUUUGGACAUGAUGAAGACAGACCUGGAAGUAGCCACAGCCCGGUUAAGACUCCGAGGAAGGUCCCAAGGUCACCUUACAAGGUGUUGGACGCACCCGCAUUGCAAGAUGAUUUUUAUUUGAAUUUGGUGGACUGGUCGUCACAUAAUGUACUAGCAGUGGGUUUGGGGAAUUGUGUGUAUUUGUGGAAUGCUUGUAGCAGCAAGGUGACAAAAUUGUGUGAUUUGGGGAUUGACGAUAGUGUGUGUUCAGUGGGAUGGGCACAGCGCGGGACACAUCUAGCUGUUGGAACUAGCAAUGGGAAAGUCCAGAUUUGGGAUGCAUCUCGCUGUAGAAGAGUAAGAACCAUGGAGGGCCAUCAUUUACGGGUUGGGGCCUUGGCCUGGAGUUCAUCUGUGUUGUCUUCUGGUAGCCGGGAUAAGAGUAUUCUUCAACGAGAUAUACGAGCUCAGGAAGACUUCGUUAGCAAACUCUCUGGGCCCAAGUCAGAGGUCUGUGGAUUGAAGUGGUCUUAUGAUAAUCGUGAGUUGGCAUCUGGUGGGAAUGAUAAUAGACUUUUUGUUUGGAAUCAACAUUCAACUCAACCAGUGCUAAAAUACUGUGAGCAUACCGCAGCUGUAAAAGCAAUUGCUUGGUCACCCCAUCUUCAUGGACUUCUUGCAUCUGGGGGUGGGACUGCUGAUCGGUGUGUAAGGUUCUGGAAUACAACCACUAAUUCACAUCUCAGCUGCAUGGACACUGGCAGUCAGGUGUGCAAUCUUGUGUGGUCUAGGAAUGUCAAUGAACUUGUCAGCACACAUGGGUAUUCUCAAAACCAGAUAAUAGUAUGGAGAUACCCCACCAUGUCAAAGUUGGCAACUCUCACAGGUCAUACAUACAGAGUACUUUAUCUUGCCCUCUCACCAGAUGGACAGACCAUUGUCACAGGCGCAGGGGAUGAAACUCUACGGUUUUGGAACGUGUUCCCUUCCCCUAAAUCUCAGAACACUGACAGCGAAAUUGGAGCAUCAUCUCUAGGAAGAACUACAAUCCGGUGAUUGAUGGAGACUGCUUUUCAUUUAAAGUAUCUAUGGCUGUUUCAGCUGAGGAAGAAAGGAUUCGUAAACGUAUCUUGAGCUGGAAGAUAAUUCGACAGAAUGGAGGCUCAUCAGAUUGGUUUUCUUGAACCAACUCUUGAUCAGCCAGGAAAUUUGCAGGGACCUGAAAGGGCUGACCGUGUGGAUGGAUGCAAUGAUGUUUCUAGUGGUUCCUGCAAUUACUGAUUUCUUUGUGUUAUUACUAAAUGCUCCUUGCAUUUGUAUAUCAACAGAGGAUGUUUAAAAUUUUGAUCAGCAAGUCUCAACAGUUCUGUAAAUAAAAUCAGUAUCGGCAUUAUUGUUC